AUGACACUCGCGGGAGCCGCGCAACUGCUGCACCUGGUGGCCACGGUGGUCACCUUGCUCUUCGUCUUCGGAUCUUUUCUCGUGCAUUACAAGUCAAAAACGCAUCUUAAAGCUUCAGUGCUACGGAAGACGGUUUUCCGAGUGAUACUGGUUCAGUGCAUAUCGGCAUCGUACAUCCCCGAGGCAAUCAUCCUCUUCCAACAGCGUCAUGGACCUGAACAACCUCCAGACCAUAUAUUCGCAGCUACCACACUGGCAUUGGCCUGGACAGUUACCUGCCUCCGCAGAGAGAUCCUCGUUUCAGAGGCGCUCGGUCUCAGCCUGAUCUCACUCCUCUUCGGCAUUCCUGGGUUGAUCCUCGAUGCACUGCAUCCAGGGCAGAUUGCAGCGCGCAAAUUGCUGCUUACCAUAGAGUCUGUCCGGGUGCUAUUUGUUGUCGGCGUGUUACUGGACUGUCUGUUUCGCUCACUGUCUCAACGGAAGACGUCUAAGCUGGAGGAAGAGGAGGAUCUGAUCCCCUGUCCAGAUGAAGCCAAUGGACAAUCCGCACCCAGUCAGGUCGCAUAUGGCACUAUCCCCUCGGCAUGCCAGUCGGCCGACGGCAGCGAAUCGGCCCUCCACGAAGAAGAUGACUGCGAUUCGGAUUCUUCCGACGAUGAAUCCGAAGACGAAGGCGCCCACACCAGUAACAUUCGUAAGACCGAUGGCUGGAUGGCAUACAUCCAGGACUUCAAGGUCUUCCUUCCAUUCCUCAUUUCACGGCGCGACUACAAGGUGCAAGCAUGCCUACUGGUGUGCAUCCUCUGUCUGGUCGCGGACCGCGUGCUAAACAUCGUGGUGCCCCGCCAGCUGGGCGUCAUCGCGGACAAGCUCUUCGCGCGGGAGCUACCGUACGCGGACCUGGGAAUCUACCUGGCGCUCAAUCUCCUGCAUAACCAAUCGGGGCUGGAAAUGAUCGUCUCGCUGGCGAAGAUCCCGCUCAAGCAGUUCUCGUACCGGCAGCUCACGAACGCGGCGUUCAACCACGUGCUGAACCUGGGGAUGGACUUCCACUCGGACCGCGACUCGGCCGAGGUGAUGAAGGCGCUGGAGCAGGGCGAGUCGCUGACCAACCUCCUGGAGGUGGCGAUGUUGUACAUCGCCCCGGCCAUCAUCGACAUGUUCGUCGCCUUCGUCUUCCUGUACCGCACCUUCAACUCCUCGGCGGCGCUGUGCAUGCUGGUCGCCACGCUGGCCUUCACGGCCGUCGAAGUGGUCACGGCCGACUGGAACGUGGGCAACCGCCGCCAACAGACCAAGGCCGAGCGCGCCGAGGCCCGCGUCAUGCACCAAGCCAUCCAGGGCUGGCCGACGGUGUUUCUGUUCAACAUGUUCCCGUACGAACGGGCGCGGUUCGCGCAGGCCCGCGACGCCUACACGACCGGCCUCACGGAGGCGUUCUUCCCCGUGACGUUCGCCAUCCUGGCCCUGGUGGUCGCGCGCGAAAUCCAAGCCGGACGCGCCUCGCCCGGCGACUUUGUAUUCCUGGUCCUCCUCUGGGAGCAGCUGAUCUGGCCGAUCAAGUACCUCUCGAAAGACUACCGAUGGCUGGUCUCCGAACUCGUAGGCGCGGAGCGACUGCUGGACCUCCUCCUCACGAAGCCCACGGUAACCGACAAGCCGGACGCAGAGGCCCUGGGGCCCGCGGUCUCAGGGACUGUCGCCUUCGAGCAAGUCAGUUUCUCGUACCCGCAGCAGCCCCGCGCCACGAUCCACGACAUCACGUACACCGCACCCGCCGGCUCAACCACCGCGCUGGUAGGCGCAACCGGCGCGGGCAAAUCCUCACUGACGAAGCUCCUACUCCGACAAUACGACGUCAGCGGGGGCCGCAUCACGAUCGACGGGCGGGACGUGCGGGAUAUCACGCAGGCGUCGCUGCGGGGGGCGGCGGUGUGCGCGGUGCCGCAGGCGCCGGUGCUGUUCAACGCGUCGAUCCUCGAGAACCUGCGCUACGCCAACCAGGCUGCGAGCGACGAGCAGGUGCACGCGGCGUGUCGCGCGGCCGCCAUCCACGACCGCAUUGUGUCGUUCCCGCGCGGCUACCACACGCGCGUCGGCGAGCAGGGCGUCAAGCUGUCUGGCGGCGAGGUGCAGCGGCUGGCGAUUGCGCGCGCGUUCUUGAGAGACGCGCCCGUGCUUGUGCUCGACGAGGCGACCAGCGCCGUUGACUCCGAAACCGAGGCUAAGAUCCAGGCUGCCCUUGCGCGGCUGACCACCAAGCGCACUACGUUUGUCAUUGCGCAUCGGCUCUCGACUGUUGUGCGCGCGGACCAGAUUCUUGUGUUGCAUGAGGGCCGGAUCGUGGAGCGGGGGACGCAUUCGGAGUUGUUGGCGAGGCGGGGCCGGUAUUAUAUGCUUUGGCAGACGCAGUUGGUUGAUGACUCUGAGGGGGGCAAGGUUGAUUUGCUCGAAGGUUGAAAGGAAGGGUCUGGGAAGCUGAAGGAAAGGGGGGUCCGGGGGUUCUCCCCCGGGACGAACGCUUUAUACUUGUCUUGAGAUUGAGGCGGACCAGGAAGUUGAAAGAAAAGGAAAGGGGGGUCCGGGGGUUCUCCCCCGGAACGCUGCAGUUGGAUUCCCUCUUGCGAAGAGUGGAUGAGCUGAAGUUAUUGCGGGUUGGUUGUAGCUCUUAGAUCUGAUAUUCUGUUUCAGCGUUUGGCGUUUGGGCAAAUGAUUCUUUGUUACGGACAUAGGUUUCGAUUUGAUAUUACGUUGGAAAAGCGCUUCGUGAUUAUAGAGUACGGUGGAGUCCCUCUUGCAUAUUAAGUUAUAGUGCGGAUCAUAAACCGUGCAUUCAAUCAAAAACAAGC